UUUGUUGUUCUGCAAACGAGUAGUGGCUGGGGCUGGCCUACAAUCACAAUCACAACAUUUGAACAUAACAUAUCUCUAGUCUCUAGAUCUGAUCUAGAAAAUCUAGAUCUAGGUGUAGAUGGCUAGAAUCUAUUUCUAGAUCUAGAUCUAAAAUUAGAUCUCGAGUAAGUCUAGAUUAGAUUUGGUAAUCUAUCGUUUUGGGGGUAAUCUAUCGUUUUAGAUCUAGCUAAAGUAGCUAUCUACUAUCUAGCUAGAAUAAUCUAGAUCUAGCUAGAUCAAUCAAGAUUCUGCAACAUGUCUAACAACAGUACUCAACCAAUUUCAAUUGUGCCAUUGGCAUCAACUACACUAACAGUGUAUCAGUGUGAAGCAUGCGGAUCAGUUUUAGGCGAUUCAUCUUCUUUUGUUUAUUUGAGUGAAACUUUACGAACAAUAACCCUAACAGAUGCGCACCCCUCAACAGUCCAAGUGCAACAGCGACAAGAAAAUUGCGAAAUAGAAAAUUUGAGAGGGAGCAUAUAUUUCAGAGUGGACUGUGCUAAGUGUUGUGAACCUGUGGGAAUGAUUUUGAAAAAUCUUCCAGUUCACCUGUCACUUCUAGAAGGCAAUCUCAGCUUUUAUAUUGACAAAGUUACUAGCUGUGCCAUUCCUGGGAAAAGUCAAAUGCCUAAUCAAACACUAUUUUCUGCAGUCAUGAAAAUGCAAGAAGAAAUAUCUAAGAUUCAAGUAGUGAUCUUAAAUAUUCAUCAGCGACUUGAGAAUAUAGAAAAAACAUUUGCUGAAGAAGAUGAAAAUUUGAAUGCAGAAGAAAUAAAACACAUCUAACUC